AUGGGGGAUAACAGCAUUGCAACAUCAACUGUAAAUCCACCUGGAACUGGAAAUGCAAAUCAAAUUGAUUCCAGUCAUCCCUUUUAUCUUCACUCUUCAGAUUCGCCAGGAAUGAGCUUGGUGAACUUCAUUUUUGAUGGAAGAGGUUUUCAGGGCUGGCGAAGGACCAUUCUCAUAGCCCUUUCAGCUAAAAAUAAGCUCGGAUUUAUAGAUGGUACCUGCAAGAUUCCAGAUCGAAGUUCAUCAGACUAUCAUCUAUGGAGUAGGUGCAAUGAUAUGAUAACUUCUUGGUUACUAAACUCUUUAUCAAAAGAUAUAGCUGACAGUGUGAUUUAUUCACAAACUGCUAAGGAUUUGUAUACAGAUCUAGAACAGAGGUUUGGACAAUCAAAUGGUGCUAAACUCUUUCAUUUACAAAAGGAACUUAGUGACCUCGUUCAAGAUAACACUGAUGUUGCAGGUUACUACACAAAAAUGAAAAGGCUGUGGGAUGAGUUAGAAUCACUAAAUGCAGAAAACAAGUGUAAAUGUUUAUGUGUUUGUGGAGGUAAACAGAAAUUAACCAAAUCACUGGAAGAUGAGAAACUCAUCAGGUUUCUUAUGGGGUUGAAUGAGACUUAUGCACCAGCAAGGAGCAACAUUCUAAUGAUUAAACCGUUGCCUAACCUCAAUCAUGCCUACUCAUUACUUUUGCAGGAUGAAAAUCAAAGGGAGAGCUAUGUGAAUGUACCUACUGGUCCUUCUUCCUUUAUGGUAGGGAAACAAGGAAAUAACAUUCCUCAAUCUUAUGUUGAUAAUCAGGGUUAUGUUGCUAACCAAGCUUAUGUUAACCAAAAGAUUCACUCACAAAAUCAAGGGAUGUGGGAUAACAGAUCUACUCAAAAGUUCCCAGGAAAGAAAUCUAACUUGUUUUGCACCCAUUGCAAGAAGACUAACCACAUAAAACAAGACUGCUACAGAUUGAUUGGAUUUCCACCAGAUUUCAAGUUUACUAAUGUUAAACCAAAGAAACCUCAACCUGCAAUCAAGAGCAAUGCUGUUUCAGCUGAAGAAGGAGAAGGGAUAUCAUACAAUUCGUCUUUGGGAGGAAACAUGGGACAGUUCCUGACUAAAGAAGAAUAUACUCAAGCAGUCCAAUAUUACAGGGGAAAGAAGGGAGCAGAUAUAUCAAUGUCAGCUAUACCACCUGAUGCAGUUCGUACUGGAAAUGCUAAUGCUAGCACUGGUAUAUCUUAUACUCUUGCUUUUACUUCUCUUGCCAGAAUGAAUUCCAGCUCCUGGAUCAUAGAUUCUGGGGCUUCUGAGCACAUGUGUUUCAAUCCAUCAGUUUUCAAUUCUUUGACUCCUUUAUCUUCCCCCAUGUUUAUUAUCCUUCCCAAUCUCACUCAAGUUAAUAUUACUCAUAAAGGUACAAUAUCCAUUUUUUCUGAUCUCAUCCUUGAAAAUGUCUUAUAUGUGCCCUCUUUCAAAUAUAACUUACUGUCUGUAGACAAAUUUGUUAAGCAAUUUCAGUCUUGCCUUCUAUUUACUCCUACUGGUUGCUUUUUGCAGGCCCCUUUUAUGAAGAGGGCUCAAGUUUUUGGUGAGGCCAAGGAUGGGCUUUUCUUACUUCAACCUGCUAAGACUUCACCUAAGAAUUAUUUCAAGAAUCAGUCUGUUGUUUUAGAUCCACAAAAUAGUUUUCAAUGUGUUUCAGUUUCUUUCUCUGUUCCUAUUUCAGUCAAAUCAAAAUCUGAUGUAAUACUCUGGCAUAAGAGAUUGGGGCAUUUGCCUUUUCAUGCAAUGAAAAACAUCAGUUUCAUUAAUUUUCCUUCUGUUUCUGAAUGCACUUGUGAUGUUUGUCCCUUGGCAAGGCAAUCUAAGUUAUCUUUUCCUAUCAGUCAUAUCAAAUCUAAAAGAGUUUUUGAGCUAAUUCACAUAGACACUUGGGGUCCUUAUAAAGAACCUACCCAUGAUGGUUCUAAAUAUUUUCUUACCAUUGUUGAUGAUUAUAGCAGGGCCACUUGGACUUUCUUAUUAAAAGCUAAGAGUAAUGCUUUUCAUAUUCUUAAGAAUUUUUUGGCUAUGGUGGAAAGGCAAUUUUGUCUUAAAGUUAUGAUUAUCAGAUCUGACAAUGCUCUUGAGUUAGGCAACAGUAUUGAAACUUCAAGUUUUUUAUCUGCUCAGGGAAUAGUUCAUCAAACCUCUUGUGUUUCCUCUCCUCAACAAAAUGGUGUUGUAGAGAGGAAACACAGACAUUUGUUAGAAGUUUCCAGGGCUCUUCUUUUUCAAUCAAAGGUUCCUAUUCAAUUUUGGGGUGAAUGUCUCUUUACUGCUACUCAUCUCAUCAAUAGAAUACCUUCCAAAGUCCUCAAUGGUAAAACCCCUUACGAAGUGCUAUAUAACAGUAGCCCAGUCUAUCACAACUUAAGGGUGUUUGGUUGUUUGGUUUAUGUUUCUACUCUUGCUCAUAAUAGAGGUAAAUUCGAACCCAGAGCUAAGCCAUGUGUUUUUCUCGGAUAUCCAGCCAAUCAAAAAGGUUUUAAAUGUUUGGACCUAGAUACACAUAAGAUUUUUAUUUCCAGGGAUGUUCAUUUCCAAGAAGAUAUUUUUCCUUUCUUAUCUCAUUCUCACAGUACUCAACCUAUUUUUCCUACUUCUAACCCUGUACCAACAAUGGAUUCCAUUGAAGAUUAUAAUCCUAUUGUAUUUUCCAAUCCUACUUCUAUUCAUCAUUCUCCUCCUUCAGUCAACCCUUCCAGCUCACCCGUUCACUCAUCACCCUCUGAUUCUGUUGUUCCUACUCCUCCUGUUUCCUCUCAUUCACCUUCUCCUACUCUAAGAAGAACAGAGAGGACUCACAAAAGACCAGUUUAUUUACAUGAUUAUGACUGCAGCAAUCUUGUUUUCACAGAUGUGACCACAGCCUGUUUCACUACCCCAGCUGCUCAACACUCAGGUUGGAGGGAAGCCAUGGAUAAAGAAUUAGAGGCACUAAAUAGAAAUAGGACAUGGGACAUUGUUUUAUUACCCAAUGGCAAGAAGGCAUUGCCUUGUAAAUGGGUAUAUAAAGUCAAACAUUUGUCAGAUGGAACAGUGGACAGAUUAAAGGCUAGACUUGUUGUUCGAGGUGAUAUUUAA